GCAGAGAGCAGGCUGGGCGCAUUCCUCCCCGAGAUGGCGGGUCUGUCUGCAGCGGCCCAGCACCCCGGAUUCCUGCUCUUCUUACUGAGCCUCCUGCACCCCGCGCAGCCUGGAGGGGUCCCUGGAGCUAUUCCAGGUGGAGUUCCUGGAGGGGUUUAUUAUCCAGGGGCUGGUCUUGGAGGCCUGGGAGGAGGAGGAGUGCUGGGUCCUGGAGGCAAACCACCCAAGCCAGGUGCUGGAGUUGGGGCAUUUGGGGCAGGUCCUGGAGGGCUUGCUGGCGGAGGCCCUGGGGCAGGCCUGGGGGCUUUUCCUGGAGGUGCCUACCCUGGGGCGCUGGUGCCCGGUGGGGCAGCCGGAGCUGCAGCAGCUUAUAAAGCGGCUGCCAAGGCGGGUGCCGGGCUUGGAGGUGUUGGUGGAGUUGGUGGCCUCGGUGGCGUCGGCGGCAUCGGUGGUGUUGGCGGUGUUGGUGGCCUUGGUGGAGUUGGUGGCUUAGGGGUGUCUACAGGUGUGGCGGUGCCACAGGCUGGAGUGGGAAUCGGAGCUGGAGGAAAGCCGGGGAAAGUACCGGGUGUGGGCCUCCCAGGUGUGUACCCAGGUGGAGUGCUGCCAGGCACAGGAACUCGGUUCCCUGGUGUAGGGGUGCUCCCUGGGGUUCCUACUGGUACAGGAGUCAAGGCCAAGACCCCAGGUGGAGGUGGCGCUUUUGCUGGAAUCCCAGGAGUUGGACCUUUUGGGGGCCAGCAGCCUGGUGUCCCACUGGGGUACCCCAUCAAAGCACCCAAGCUCCCAGGUGGAUACGGACUGCCCUACACCAAUGGGAAGCUGUACGGUGCUGGUGGAGCAGGGGGCAAGGCUGGCUACCCAACGGGGACAGGGGUUGGUUCCCAGGCAGCUGCCGCAGCUAAAGCAGCCAAGUAUGGCGCGGGCGGAGCGGGCGCCCUCCCGGGCUUCCCCGGCGUUGGAGCGGGCGGCCUCCCCGGCGGGAGGCCUGGGGCGGGGACGCCCGCGGCGGCGGCGGCGGCCAAGGCGGCGGCCAAGGCGGCCAAGUACGGAGCUGCUGGAGGCUUGGUGCCUGGCGGACCAGGAGUUAGGGUCCCAGGCGUUGGGAUUCCUGGUGUUGGGGUCCCAGGUGUUGCGGGUGUUCCAGGAGCUGUGUCACCAGCUGCCGCUGCCAAAGCAGCCGCCAAAGCAGCCAAAUAUGGAGCUCGAGCUGGAGUUGGAGGCAUUCCUUCUUAUGGGCUUGGCACUGGAGGCUUUCCUGGCUAUGGUGUUGGACCUGGCAUAGGAGGGGUCCCUGGUGUCGGCGGCGUUCCCGGAGUCGGAGGAGUUCCUGGCGUGGGAGGAGUCCCUGGAGCUGGCAUUUCUCCUGCAGCUCAGGCAGCAGCCGCCGCCAAAGCUGCUAAGUAUGGUCCCGGGGGAGCUGGAGCACUGGGAGGGCUGGUGCCGGGCGCGGUGCCGGGCACAGUGCCGGGUGCAGUACCAGGCGUGGUCCCUGGAGUGCCAGGCGUAGGAGGGGUACCAGGAGUCGGGACCCCUGCUGCUGCUGCUGCCGCUGCCAAAGCUGCUGCCAAAGCCGCCCAGUUCGGUUUGGGACCACGUGUCUCUGUGGAUUCUGGGGUUCUUCCUGGUGCUGGUGUGGGUCCUGGGGGUAUUGCAGGAGCAGGAGCCUUGGCCGGAGGGAAAUCUGCUGCGCAGCUAGCUGCCAAAGCCCAGUACCGGGCCGCUGCCGCAGGACUUGGCGCUGGAGUACCCGGAUUGGGAGCUGGUGCCGGGGUGCCUGGAUUGGGAGCUGGCGCUGGUGUUCCUGGGUUUGGGGCAGGAGCAGCACCUGGAUCUCUGGCAGCAGCUAAAGCAGCGAAAUACGGUGCAGCUGGAGCCGGAGGUCUGGCUGGAGCCGGUGUUCCAGGCGGUGUAGUGGGAGCUGGACCCGCCGCCCAGGCUGCUGCUGCCAAAGCCGCCGCCAAAGCAGCCCAGUAUGGCCUGGGAGCCGGGGGGCUCGGAGCUGGGGGUCUGGGAGUUGGGGGCCUUGGAGCUGGGGGCCUUGGGGCUGGAGCCAUCCCAGGUGCUGGCGGCCUUGGAGGUGUGUCUCCAGCAGCCGCUGCUAAGGCAGCUAAAUACGGUGCUGCCGGCCUUGGAGCCGGUCUUGGAGCUGGCAGGCCAUUCCCAGGCGGAGGAGUGGCAGCGAGACCUGGCUUCGGACUGUCCCCCAUCUACCCAGGUGGUGGUGCUGGGGGCAUCGGAUUCGGUGGAAAACCCCCGAAACCCUACGGAGGAGCCCUUGGAGCCCUGGGCUACCAAGGUGGGGCCUGCCUGGGGAAAUCCUGUGGCCGGAAGAGGAAGUGAGCCCCCAGGACCCCGACUUCUCGACCUCAUCAACGUUGGUGCUACUGCUUGGUGGAGAAUGUAAACCCUCUGUGACCCCCCCACACCCCAGCCCCCACCCCGGGAGGGGACGGCAGGAGCCCCCGCGGGCCCGGAGUGCCCCACCCACAGCCUCCAUCGGUGCUACCUGCUGGUGCUUCAUGGCUGGUGCUUUACCUUCCUGGGGGAGGGAGAAGGGUAGGGACACCCUGGGGUCCCCCCCACCGCCUGGGGUCCCUCUGAAGAUGAUGGGGCCUGCCCACCAGGUGCUACCCCUGGCUGUGUCCAGUUGGUACCCCAGUUCCAAAACCUCAACGCUGGAUUCGGUCACACCGUCCCCCUGUGCCUUGGGGUCCACUAGACCCCUCUCUCCUUACCAAUACCUGGCUCCCCACCCUCGAUCUAAGGGAAUCCAUCCACCCAUCUGUCCGUCCAUCCUUUCUUCCCCCCAGUUGACGGACGGCUCAGUGCCGCUGAUUGGCCGGGCACACCUGCCAUCCACCUGGCUUCCUGUCAGCGCAGCCUGUGCCCUGCCCCCACCCCACUCCGCACCCCUAUGCUGGCCCAGGUCAUGGGGGGAGUGCGGACAGGGGGGGUUUCACACACAAGUACUGUAUCCCCAGUCCUUCUCCAGGCACUGUGCUACAAGGCGUGUCCCCUCCCGGCCCUCCCACCUCCCUGGUGUCUCGCUGUGAUCAAUAAAUAUUUUAUUUUUUGUCCUGGAUAUUUGGGGAUUAAUGUUUGAUUGUUGAUGUGCUCUUGGGGUUUUAUUGUUGUGGUUAGUUGAAGAAGAAAAAGUUGUGUUGUUUUGUUUUGUUUUGUUUUUUCUAAUCUGGGGGAGCUGUAUCCUCCGUAGAAAAGCUCAUUUUAAUCACUUUGGUAUAACUCUGAAUGGAAUACACAUUUUUUUAAUAAGAAAAGAGAAUUAACUGCUUCUGAACAAACUAAUAAAUGAAAACCUUUCCA